AUCUUAUAAUUUGUUGUGGUUUUAUUUAUAGUUCCCAAGGUAGUUCUCCAACAUGAAGCACUCUCUAAUAAUCACCAGGAAUGUUAUAGGCGCCAUUGGAAAUGUUAUAUCGGUCUUCCUAUUUACCUCUCCAAUGCCAACAUUUAUUGAAAUAUACAAGAAGAAAAGGGUGGAAGAAUACAAGGCAGAUCCAUACUUAGCCACGACAAUGAAUUGCAUGCUUUGGGUAUUUUAUGGUAUGCCAUUUGUACAUCCACAUAGCCCGCUUGUUCUUUCUACAAAUGCCAUUGGUCUCACUAUUGAACUCCUCUACAUUAUCACUUUCUUCAUCUAUGCUGACUACAACAACCGGAUGAAAGUCAUCCGGUGGAUCGCAGUGGAAUUCAUAUUUAUGGGCAUAGUAGUUUUGGUCACAAUGUUAUGCUUCCAAACAACACAAAGAAGGUCACUCUUCGUGGGGAUUCUAUGCGUUAUAUUUUGUCUUGGGAUGUAUGUUUCACCCCUCACCGUUAUGGGCAAAGUGAUCAAGACAAAAAGUGUAACAUACAUGCCCUUUUGGCUUUCAGUUGGAAGUUUAGCAAAUGGGAUAAUAUGGACAAUCUAUGCCUUUCUUCCUCUUGAUCAAUGGAUCCUUAUCCCAAAUGGGCUUGGAACAUUAUCAGGUGCUACACAACUUAUUCUUUAUGCUUGUUACUAUAAAUCAACCCCAAAGCAAGAUGAUGAUGAAAAGAAGCCAAAUCAAGUUCAAUUAUCAUUCAAUGGAAAAUCACUUGCCUAAUUUCUCCUAAUCUCAAAUCAAGUAGUACUUUGUAGAUGUGAUCUAAUCAUAAUAUCUGAAACUUUAUCAGAUUACAUAAUAUCUGAAACU